AUGAUAGCCGCUAGUAUAAUAGCAAGUAUCCAACCUGCAAAAGAAAGAUUAGAGAAUCUUCUCUAUGAAGCAAAAGCGAUGAAUAUGAAACUGCCGGGACAAAGUUUAGUAGCGGAAAAAUGA